GGCCCCUGCAGGUCUGGAGGUUAUGGCGUGCUGGGCCCUGUAAUUCCGAUGGGCGGGACACACGUGGGAUGGUGGGCGACCAAUCCAACCGCUGGUAAAGUCAUCAAUGAAGGGUGAGAGAGCUUAUGAUGAGAGAUAUGAGACUUCACUUGAGUAUGUCUUUUUACUUGAAAAGGAAAAUUAUCACGGACUUUGUCGUACGAAAAUGAAACAGGAGCUCUUCUUCAAUCAAGGUUUGAGGUAUCACAACAAUCUGAUCAAGGAAGAUAAGACAGUUCAAGUCAGUAUCAGGAACAUGAGCGAAGAAAUGCUCAUAUAUGUUCGCCUUAGGGAGCAAGAAGACUUCUGAGGGUGCCAAAAAUGACUACUCUAAGGGCUCAGCCAACUUUGAACCAACGCAGUUCAAUGUCACGAUUGAUAGCCGCGGCAAGAACAUCACUGUUGUACCAACAAACGAUACAAAAAUCCAGGAUACCGGCCCAUCAAGUUGGCUAAAAUGCGCCUUUCUUGGACCAUUUGAACGUAUCUCCAACGAUGAGAUGAAUCUGUACAUAUCGACUGUCGGUACAGCUUUCAGCACUUCCAUCACCAAUCUUCGUCUUCGUCUUGAGAUGAACAACACCCUUGGCUACCGAUUAGACGCAAAUAUCACUCUCGAAGGAAUCAAGAAUGCAAUUAUAGCUAUGGUGGACGACAUGCUAGUAGCAUUUACCUCAGCCCAAUCCAUGGUCGGAGAGUUCCACGAUGAAGUCAAUGGCUCCAUCCUGUGA